AACAUGGAAGAAAUGAUUCAAAGGAGCCUGUUGUAGUUACAAACUGAGCGGAAACGUUUCUUUUAAUCAAGAAUGCAAACAUGGCACGUCCCUGAAACUGUGUCUUAGUAAAAAGGUUAAGUGAUGGCAUUUCCUCAGCCCAGACCUCAGGCUCCUCAACUUCCUCAACAUCUUCUCAGGACCAUAGACUGUCAGCAAGGAGCUGUCAGGGCUGUUCGCUUUAACAUUGAUGGGAACUACCUGCUGUCUUGUGGCAGUGACAAGUCUUUAAAACUGUGGAGUGCGAGCCGAGGCACCUUGUUGAAGACGUACAGUGGUCAUGGAUAUGAGGUUUUGGAUGCUGAUGGGUCCUACGACAACAGCCAGAUUUGCUCAUGUAGCUCAGAUAAGACGGUGAUUCUGUGGGACGUUGCCACUGGCCAGGUCACACGCAAACUCAGGGGUCAUGCCGGGAAAGUUAACUGCGUCCAGUUUAAUGAGGAGGCAACAGUCAUAUUGUCCGGGUCCAUAGACGGGACGGUUCGGUGCUGGGACACCAGAUCCAGAAGAUAUGAGCCAAUCCAGGUUCUAGACGAAGCUCGGGACAGCAUCAGCAGCCUCAAGGUGGCACAACACGAACUGCUCACCGGGUCGGUGGACAGCAGAGUGAGGCGCUACGACCUGAGAAUGGGACAGCUACAUGUUGACUUCAUCAGCAGUCCUAUUACCUGUGUGUGUUUCAGUCAAGAUGGUCAGUGCACCCUGAGCUCCAGCUUGGAUUCAACACUCAGACUUCUAGAUAAGAGCACCGGUGAAAUGCUGGGAGAGUAUACCGGACACAAGAUGAAGGGCUACAAAUUGGAUUGCUGCCUGUCCAGUAAAGACACCCACGUCCUGAGCUGCUCAGAGGACGGACACGUUUACUGCUGGGACCUGGUGGAGGGGUCUUUGUCGUUGAAGCUGCCGGUGGGGAAAGCAGUUGUCCAGUCCCUGUCCUUCCACCCUACAGAGACCCGUCUCCUCACAGCUAUGGAGGGGCGUGUCCAAGUGUGGGGCGCAGAGCAAGAGGAGAUGGAGGAGGAUGUGAUCGCCACGUAGAGGGUGAAAACAAGAACCUGCUGUCUGUACAUACAGUCUAUCUUACGGACCUUAGAGAAGCACACAAACCUGUUCCUCCCACAGCCAGAUGUUGUGCCUGGAAACACUGGGUUUGGUGCUCGAGUUAUCACUAUAUUGUUUGUUAUGUGAGUCUUACCAGGAGAACCUGUUCUCUGGCAUACUAACCAAAUGGGAUUAGGUGUGCACCCAGUGAUAAUGCACAUGCCUGAGAAACCAAGCUUUUUAUCAGAGCUAAAUGGAAAUGUUCCUCCAUUUAUUUUUAUUUCUGUGUUCCACUCAAAAAUAAAUAAAGUGAAAAAGGUUCAGCUUGAAAUGAAAGCUUAAAAUUUUAACAAGAGACUAUUUAAUUCUUAAAAAGUUCCAAGUAUUAGAGUUGUUUUUGUUUGAAGCUGAGCUACAUCAGUAAACUAAAUUCUUAAUUUGUAAUCAGUCUGACGAGAAGACAAGUGAAUCCUUAACAAACCAGCCAAAUCAUAUAGAGGCAAAAAGUAAAGAAAAAAAAUACUUGGCUUUGGUUCACAGACAUAAACAUUGUGGAUGUGAAUCCACUUCAAAUCCACAAGUUAAACAGAAAAGCUUGCAAAAUGAGUGAUUUUUGUAUUUGUGCCAUUCUUUCUUUUUAUAUAAAAUUCUUCAAUAAUAAACAUUGUGUAAAUUACACCAACGCAUUUACUGCAUGUGUCUUCUUCAACUAAGAAAACUCUCAUAAAUACAGAUGUCGUCAGCAAGA